GCUGUCAGAGUGCCAGGAGUGGCACUGGAGCUCUCGCAAUGGUUGGAGGGGGCACAGUGCCUCUCUCUGGACUGAGAGUAGCCACAGGGCUUGUCCUGGUGGGCGGGAGUAGCCUCAGUGCAGUGUCCAGCGGCCCCAGAGGCGGGCCAGCAGCAGGACGCGCGGUGGCCGCAGCGAUGGCACACGAGGACGUGAGCUAUUACCGGGGGCAGUACAAGGACAGGCUCCUGCCCCUGCUCAGGGAGCUGCGGGCGGCAGAGGAGGACUCCACGAACUCCUUCAUCUGCGUCCUGAAGAAGAUGAAGGAAGCGCGACUGGUGGAGAAGGUCGUGGAGGAGACAGAGCAGGCCUUCACGGAGAGGAUGGAGGCCCUCGCUGAGCAGUGGAGGGACCUGCACGCCAGGAGGGCCCAGCUGAAAGCCCACGUGGUGACUUCGGGGACCACUGUAAAGGAGAAUGAAAGGCUGCGAAGCCAAGCUCUGAAGAAAGCCAAAGAGGAGAAAGAGGAGAAUUCAAAAAAGGAGAGGGAGAUCCUGAGGGCUAGGAUGGAACUGGAAGCCCUGAGAAAACAGCACCAGAAACUCUCAAAAAAAUUGCUGAAGUACUCCCUGUUCAAGAGGUACCUGGAGGAUGUGGUGGAGAAUUCACAGUUCCAUGACAUCGAUGACAUCAUCACCUACUACAAGGCCCUGCUGAGGACGCGCAAGGACCUGCUGCAGUCCCAGUGGUGGCACCGGCAGCUGACGGAGCAGGGCAAGGCCCUGCAGCAGCAGAUCAGGGCAGAGAAGGAGGCUGAGAUGCUUCAGUGGAAGAAUGACCUGGUGCAGCUCAGAGAAUCCUUCGAGCAGGCUCAAAGUGACAUCCGCCAGUGGGAGGGUCGCUGGGCCGAGGUGCAGGACAGGGCUGCCAGGAAGGCCACGGAGCUGAAGUCCCUCACCAUGGCCAUCCACAGCCUCUUCCAGGCCGCCAGCGCGCGGCUGCAGCCGCAGGGCAGGGUGGCAGCUGGGGACAGCCACAGGCAGCUGGACAUGAUCCGGCAGUUUAUCUACGACCUCCAGGACUUCACGGAGGACAUGAAGGAGCGUGGCCGAUCUCUGUGAGAGCCUGCCCUGCCAGCGAGGGAGCAGCAGGGCGGGCAGGGAAAGGGGAGGACGAGAGAACACUGCAGAUAUUGUAGACU